AGGCAAGGGGGAAUGUUCCAUUUGAUGUACGCAUUGGCUGUUAAAGGGGACAAGAGGGCUCAACGGAUCUAUGAUCACAUAAGCGAUGCGAUGGCAUCCAAAUUUAAGGAACGGUCAUGCCGCAGCUACACAGAAACAUUUCUCCGAUUAAAAUGGCAAAAAAAAUCCAUCACGUUCAACCGUUUGCUCGCCCAUUUGUAAUUGUAGACACGCGAAAGAACCAAACCAUCCGCUACAUUUUUGUCCACAAAAAUGGCUGCGGCCACUCUCUACGUCCGGCCCAACCGCCUCGCUCCUGGUUCACCCUUCUCCUGGCCACCGGUCCACCUCCCCACCUCCGCCGCCACCACAACUCAAAUAAAGUCCUCGAAGAAUGAGCCAUGGAGGGCCACAAUAAUUCCAUCUUCUCGUCGCCUCUUAGCUGCAGGUGGCGCGCGAGCCGGUUCCCGAGCCGACGACUCUGCGCCGUUUGAGAUGUCGGUCGAGAACGCUCUCAAGCUUCUCGGCGUCUCCGAGAGCGCGUCUUUCGAUGAUAUACUUCGCGCCAAAAAAGCUAUUAUUGCUGCGUGCAAGGAUAACCAGGAAGCGAUUGCACAGGUUGAGGCUGCAUAUGAUAUGUUACUCAUGCGAAGCUUAACUCAACGUCAAGCUGGCAAAGUUGCAAAUAGUGGCAUCUGGUAUGCUGAUGUCAAGCCCAUAAAUGGCCCUGGGUUGGGAUCAGUACCUCAGUGGCUGCGGACAACUAUGAAAAAUACACCCAUUUCAGUGGAAACACCAUUGACUGGUGAUUUGGGAAUACAAGCAGGAGUGUAUGGAGCUUUGAUGGUUUUAACUUAUGUAAAUGGAACUACCACAUCAUCUGUGGCGCCUUAUGCUGGGGCUGAUGUUCCUGGGCUCCUAUUAGCUACAAGUUUUGGUGCUUCCUUGUACUUCAUGACAAGGAAGAACGUGAAGUUAGGGAAGGCCACCAUAAUAACUUUAGGAGGGCUUGUGGCUGGAGCUGUGGUGGGUUCAGCAGUUGAGAAUUGGUUGCAAGUGGACAUCGUGCCAUUUCUUGGUAUACACUCCCCUGCUGCUGUAGUUAGUGAAUUCAUUCUCUUCUCUCAAUUCUUGGUUUCCCUCUACCUGAGGUAGGAUUAAGAGGAGAUUGUACCUGUAACUUGAACAUUGAAACCUGUAAUUAUUCAUUUGCAUGAUCAUAGCCAAGCUUUUUUUAUUAGGAUGUGUAUCAUUGCAUAUUGUACAAAACUACAAAUAGAAUGUAGUGAAACUUGAAUUAAUCUGAAAUCUACUUGAGAAUUGCAAUAAA